CACCUCCCGGGGAGUACCCUGGGAGCGUCGGGUGGCGGAGGCCCCUGACUGGGGGAGCCUUAUCGAGCCGGAGCAGAUGGGCCGCACCGACGCAGACAUGAGGCUCCUGCUGCUGCUCUGUGCGGCCACGCUGGCUCCCAGCUGCUUCUCCCUGGAGCAGGAGACAGAAGUCCUCCCCGAGGUCUCCAUUGCCUACAGAGUCCUGGAGGUCUUCCCCCGAGGCCGGCGGGUGAUGAUAACCUGCCACGCGCCCAACCUGCCCCCGCCCAUCACCUACUCCCUCUGGGGGAGCCAGGACGUUCAAGUGGCCAAGAAGGUGGUGGACACCCGCGACCCGACCUCCUUCAGCAUCAACGUCACGCUCAAGUCCAGGCCAGACCUGCUCACCUACACCUGCCAGGGGGCCACCCCCUGGGGCUCGCAGGUGGCCAGCUCCAAACUGCAGCUGUACUGGGAGCUGUGGGCCGAGCCCGUGUCCCAGCCGCAAGCCAACUUCACCCUGCUGGACGGAGGGGCAGGCCCGAUGGUGCAGGUGUCCUGCCAGGCCUCCUCGGGCAGCCCGCCCAUCACCUACCACCUGGUCAGGAAGGACGGGCAUGUCCACAUGCAGCAGACGCCGCACCACAGGCAGCCUGCCAACUUCUCCUUCCCACUGACCCAGGCGUCCUACUGGUACCAGUGCCAGGCCAAAAAUGACAUCAAUGCCCAGAGCAGCCCCUUCACCCUGGUGCCCCCAGGACAGCUGCCCAAGGGCCCCACCUUCGUGCUGGCUGCCAGCCUCACCUCCAUCACAGCUAUCACCUCCGGGAUGCUGGGCUGGACCGCGUGGAAAAGGCUGUGACCGGAAAAUGCAGGCUCAGCAGAGUCCCCAGCAGAACGCGCCUCCCCCCCCCGCCCUUGCCCCCUGCAGAAGGACCCACCAUUCGGAUGGAGAGCCGCGCCCCGGCCUGGACUCCCGGAG